AUGGGAAAAUUAAGCAAAGUAGUCGUUUGCGGUAUGAAAGGAGUUGGCAAAACGGCUGUUCUAGAGCAAUUAAUAUACGGAAAUGUUAAUUCUAAAUCUAAUUUUUACCCAACGAUCGAGGACAUUUAUGUGGCAAAUAUCGAGACGGAACGAGGUACAAAGGAGAGGGUUUGUAUCUACGAUACCGCGGGGCUGGAGCCGCCGCUGACAGGCGAGUUUAAAGGUCCACCACAGUCCCCGACGAUGCAGCUAACAGCCAACCAAGUGCUGCAGCGCCACUACAUCGGCUUUGCUGAAGGGUUUGUCAUGGUCUACGACGUCACCAGGCCGGAGUCGCUUGACGUUCUUAUGUAUUUAAAGAAGGAUAUUGACCGGAAUAAGGAUAAAAAAGAGGUAGUAAUGGUAGUAAUCGGCAACCGUACCGGUCCUGACGACUUAAAUAAUCUAGAAAACACAUGCUCAAAGGCGGCAAACUGGUGUGCGCGGGAAAAAAUCCGCCACUUUGAAGCCUCCGCCAUGGACCGCCCGUCUCUUUACGAGCCGUUUAUUUACAUGACAACAAAAUUGAAUCCUGUACAGAAUAAAACUGCUUUUCCGCAACUGAGUACUCUGAGCAAGUUGACCCAGAAAAAUAAUAGAUCUGACGCCAUGUAACAUUAUAUUUUCAAUCUAUGCCCUUUUUGCUAUCACCCGUGAAGUCUUCCAAUUCGUAUUGAGUUUGACUGAUUAUUUGUUGAAAUAAGAAAAGGCUAUACAAAAAAAGAAUAGCGUUCUUUUAAAUUUUUUGCACAAGAUAAAAAGGUACCUACAUGAUUGGUCGACUGCUUUCUCGUUCGUUCUCGUUCUCGAACGUUCUUCAGCUCGCGCCAACGCGCCGUGUGAAUAGUGCAGCCUGUGCCGAAGGGCCUAUUGGAUCCAUCAUGUCGGUAACUUCAAAGGCGCAGCGUGUGUGGGCGCGAGCGUUUGGCGAUCAUUCCUUAUAACAGCGUAGAUUUAAAUGAUUAGUAUGAAUCGCUAAAACAAACUAUUUAUGCUUAAUUCAAUACAAUCGUAUGAACUUAUCUCGGCCUGAUGCUCUUGGUGAAUGAUAACACCCACCAGCGUUUUCUCCUAGUAAGUUGUAGCCACUGUAUAAUAUAAAAGUGGCUGCCGAAGAAGCUAUGCGUACCUCACAUGACAUUUUUGAAAGCAGCUCAAAUCAGAGUAGAGCACGUAACGGUAACCUAUUACAAAGUCAAAAAUUUUUUUGUCCGAAAUAACGUUUGUUCGAAUUUUCAUUACACCGAAAACAAUUAAGACGAAACAGUUGUUUUUUCAGGAUAUGUUGAAUGUUUAUCACAAGGACACGAUUAGGUUCGGUUAGGUUAAGUUAAGUUAGGUUUAAAAGAAAAAACAUUUUCCUCUCAAAAUUUCGAGUCUGGCUAUGAAAUUUCGACCAAACAUUAUUUCUGGAAAAUGUCAUUUCUGACUACUGACAGGCUUAAACUGCACGUAACACAUGCCCGAGUACAAGCCACCACGGGUGUAGGCCCGGGCGGCCCGGACUUGCCUGUAGCGAGAGUACGCGGUGCGGCGCUGUCCUUGUUGAGAUCACGGGUUGUGAGAAGCCACUUUUACGAGUUUCGGAGACAGUGAAAUAAAUACCUAGUGCGAAUCAAGCAGCUUGACCAUUUUCAAAGCUCUCAAUCCACUGUCAAUCUAUAGUUCGAAAUAUGAAAUGAAAUUAACACUGUAAACAUGUAUUAUUGUUUGACAUUAUCUGUAUUAGAAAAAUUUUGCGAAAAAAAUAUAUGCCACAUAAUAAAGACCAAUUUUGUUUGUAGUCUUCUAUUUUUUUUAUUCAAUAAAUGAUCAGUCAAAAGGGAGCGCGAUAUGUUCAUGUUAUUCGUUCGGGUAGCUAUUACAUUAAUGUCCCUAUUAAUUACUUUUUAAAAUUUUACUUUUGUUGUUUACUGUGUUUUAGCUCGCGACUUUAAUUUAUUGACCUUGGAUUAUGUGUAACAGUUUGUUAACUUUAAGCUUUAACUUGUACUUAAUGAUUAAAAAAUCUCAUUAGUUUUAGAUAACGAACGAAACAGAUGCACUUAAAUUGAGUUUGCGUUCACCAACCUUUCCGAGUUUAGUUGUGAGCGCAAACUUAAGAUGUAUAAAAUUAUUAUUUUUUGUCUUUUAAUGCAAGGCUGCAAAGUUGUUGUUUGACGCGAGUGCUUGUAUUGAAACCUGAGCAAGCCAAGGAAGCUAAGAUUGAAUCAC